AUGGGACGCCUCGGGAAGGGCUGCAACCCACGCACCGGCUUGCAGAUUGUCAUCGACUGGUGCCCAGAAUGCAAAGAUGGCUUUGCAAAGGUCAUCCAAGGGCUCAAACAGGUAGUUCCCACUGGUUAUCACAACCUCUGGGACUAUCGUUUGUUGUCUCGGUACUGGGCAAUCAAGUCUCAGAGUCGCUGCUCCAAGGCCGUUGACGCCGAUCCUAUCGGCUACCAGGCUUUUGCAAGUGACCAAGAGAUCAAGUACAUUCCAUUUGACCAGUUCAACGCCGAUGGCGAGCGAGAGGACGGUUUCUGGGAGCUUCAGGCUCUAGAAAACGAGGUCCGUCGACUGCAGCCUGACUUUGCCUGGAUCAAGGGCGAUCCACAAGGUGCUCGGCUAAAGCUGAGUGAUCAGCUCAGUCUCUGUGCGUCGGCUAUCGAAGUGACUGAACUAAAAGCAUGGAACCACGGCAAGGUCGAACAAAAGUGCAAGGGACAAAAAACAAAGGAGAGAAUCUGGCCAUGCUGA